UCAUUUCUCUCAGCGAAUCGGAGUCUUCCGUGAGAAAGUGCAGCGAAUUUCGAAUACCUCCGUAAAUCACUCCGCGUUUUAGAAUAACGCAAAGUGUGCGUUCGGUCGCGACGGUGAAAGGAGAUCAACGGUGACCUUCGACUGCAUCGCCACGUUGUCCGGCAUCCUGAAGGAAUCCUGCAGACCCGAACGAGGCGAUCGAGCGAGCUGCCGCGGCUCGAGAAGAUCCACGAGGAACAGCUCACGGACACCAGGACGAUCGGCAGACGACGUACCGCCGGUGCAUUUGCGAUGGAGGACGAGCUGCGGUGUCCCUCCUGCAAGGAGCUGUUCGUGGAACCGGUGCUGUUGCCUUGCUGGCACGCACUAUGCCUGGCCUGCGCGGUAAAUUUGCAAGCACCGCCGGACUCGCCGCCGGAGUCCACCGCCGACUCGUCCAACGCACCAGGCUCCGAUCAGGAGGCCGACAAGUUGUCGAUCCUGUCGGAGACCGACUCCGGAGUAGUUUGCAGUAGCACGUCCACCAGCUCGCGGCCAGGCAGCUACGUCGGCACCCCAGGGAACGGUGGCUUCCCGCCGUCCGGUGGUACUCUCUGCCUAUCAUGCCCGGUCUGUCAGAAGACCGUAUAUUUUGACGAGGGCGGCGCCCAUAAUCUGCCCAAGUACCGCGCGAUGCAGCACAUCGUCGACAAGUACCAGGAAUCGCGGAACUCACGGCUGCAGUGCCAAAUGUGCGAGGGAGAGCCGCGCGACGCGACUGUCGCGUGCGAGCAGUGCGAGGUUUUGUACUGCGACGCCUGCAGAGAGUCCUGCCAUCCGAAGAGGGGCCCAUUGGCAGCCCACAAUCUGGGACCACCGAGAGGCAGCUGGCAAUCAAGUGGAAAUAAGGGAUCUCGACCCGAGGGCACGCCGAUCUGCAACGAUCACAAUGGCGAAGCGGUGACUCUCUAUUGCGCCCUUUGCAAAAUCGCGAUAUGCGCUUUGUGUCUUCGUGAUCGUCACGCCGCACAUCCUCAUGAUGUUCUGCCGUUGGCCGCUGCUUGCAAAGCGCAAAAGACGGAGCUGUCGCAGAAUCUACAGCAGCUGUCGGAGAGAGCCCGCUCGACAACGGAGUUCAUUCAAAGGCUCAAAGGAAUGACGGAUAAAGUACAUGAGGAGUGCGUGGCGCUUGAGGAGGAGGUCGAGGAUCGGGUAACGAACCUGGUGAGUCUUCUGCAAGCGAGAAAGUCACGGUUGAUCGAAGCCGCUCGACAGACCAGGGAGGCCAGGGUGCGGUCGUUGCGGGACCAGGUGGCGAGAUGCGCUACGCACCUACAGGCGACCACGGCGUUGCUCACGUUCUGCAUCGAGGCGCUGAAGGAGACCGACAGCGCGGCCUUCUUGCAGAUCGGCGGCAUGUUGUCAGUCCGAGCAGCAACGGCCGCCGGUUCCUGGGGCGGUGCCGAGGGUGUGCAGGAGAUCGCUCGUUUGCCGUUGCUCGAUCUUACACUGGACGACAAACCGCUGCGCCGCGCCAUCGAUCAGCUCACCUUCGUCCAACUCAAACCGUCAGAGGGGGAAGAACGAUUUCCUACAGCAGCACCCGGAGCUCCUUUACUGAUCCCCGAGGAGUGUAGCGCCGAGAACAACAGCGUCACCGUUGCCUGGCAGCCGCCUCCUGGCCACGGAAUUAUGGGCUGCGCUGGACAGAGAGGCCCCGCCAUCGAGGGAUACCUCUUGGAGCUGGAUGAUGGCUGCGGCGGGGAGUUUAGGGAGGUGUACUGUGGCCGCGAGACCAUUUGCACGGUAGACGGGCUACACUUCAACUCACUCUACAACGCCAGGGUGCGGGCCUUUAACAGCGCCGGUGAGGGCGAGUACUCGGAGCUGAUCGGCCUUCAGACCGCCGAGGUGGCGUGGUUUUCAUGGGCCACCGGCGCAGCCGGCAUACCGCAGGAGGUGUCCAUAUCCGAGGACGCGAUGAGCGCAUCCUGCGAGGGCUACGAGCAUCGCGUGGUCCUCUCGAGCGUCGGCUUCUCGCGAGGCGUACACUAUUGGGAGCUGACCAUAGAUCGAUACCACAGUGACACCGAUCCAGCCUUUGGAAUCGCCCGGGCCGACGUGUCGCGUGAUCAGAUGCUGGGUAAGGACGAUAAAGGCUGGAGCAUGUACAUAGACCGCCAGCGGUCGUGGUUCAUGCACGGCGGUGGUCACGCACAGCGUACGGAGGGUGGCGUUCAGCAAGGCUCGACUGUCGGCGUUCUCCUCGACCUGGACACCACGCAUACGCUACGCUUCUUCGUCAACGACCAGCCGCAGGGCGGCAUCGCCUUCCGCGAUCUCUACGGCGUCUUUUACCCGGCAAUCAGUCUGAAUCGCGGCGUAACCGUAACCCUCCACACCGCUCUCGAUGUGCCGCGUCAUCUCCUUGCACUUCACGAGGAGUACAUUAGCGAUAUGGUUCAGAGCUAGGGGUACCUUAACGUCCUUAAGAAAGGUCUGCCGCAGGAGAUCGGUUCGCCUUUAGGCCCAACGACGUACGUCACAGACAGGUGCAGAGACUUUGAGUCGGGUCAGCUGCUGGAGAAGAUUAUCGAGGAGAGCCCGGUUGACGUUAACUAAUCGGUAGAUCUUUUAAAUAUGAAUUUAGAGCGAUCGUAGUACAUUUUCUAUGAAUCUACUUGGCACAAAGCGUUACGAAAUAACGUAUAUACGAGAAAGCAUCUGAAAUUGCUCUCGCUCUGAGAUAUAAUAUUAAUGAGGAUGCUUUAGUCCUUUCGCAGUUGUGCAGCGAAAUGAGAGCGGUUUAAUCUCCUUAGGGAUUCAGGAACGCAAUAUACGUUUUACGUAUUUUGUCUGAAUAUUUUAUUUAUUUAGAGUAAUUAUAAUAUUUAUUUAGAAGUAAUAUUUAGCGGAGUGUUUUCCAAUUUCGCAAUCGUAGCACAUAUGUUGUGUUCUAAAUUUGGUAUACUAUAAAUAAGAAUGGUUUUUUAUUUGUAAUUGAAAAAUAUAUAGUCCCUGGGGAUGUUAAUCCGGACAAAAUUCGCCUCGCGCUAUUUGUCUGAAUAUAAGCGGACUCCACGAGAAAUAACGAUUCAACAGGUCCAGAAACUUUGGCGAGAAGGUUUCCGAGGGAGGCACUAACCGUGGACCCUUUUGGAUCCGCUUUGUUUGGGGAACUGAAACUUAGAAUUCAGAUUUUAGUUAGGAAAUCGGAAUUUGUACUUUCCUAUUUCAUCCAUACGAUAAUCGUAUUAAAUGGAAUCACCAAUAAUAUCAAUCGAAGCGCAUACGUUUCGAAAUAGAGAAGUAAGAUCACUCGAAGAGUGAAAAGCUACUUCAUCCCGAAGAAUUAACGAGACUGACAUAAUUCACGCACACGUCACGCGAUCUAUAAAUAAUGUUCUCCCGUUAGGAAGCCACGAAAGCUAAGAUAAAAGUUUCCUCCGCUGGAAAUCAGUCCAUUUUCUAUUUAUACCGCACUCUAUAUUAAAAGCGGAGAAAAGAAAAUAUUUUUUCCUACACGCUUCCUCAAUUCGUUUCUCAAAUAAUUACCUCGACGAAGACUUAAAACGCACUUCUGAGGACCGGUACGUCCGAUCUUCGGUCAAUUAACUCGAGUUCCCUGUUCACACUAUAGUCAAUACUGUGAUCCAGAAAGAGACGUGGGAGAAAUUAUCGGACACUUAACCGAAGGUGGAACGACUGGCCCUCGGAAGCAAGGAGACGUCCAUUAGCAAAUAGCCAAGUAUCGUCGACGACAAACUUAUCGAAGACCGUGUCCGAGUAGAAACGAUCAAUCGAUUGGUUCGAGAGAUCGCAUCGAGACAGCCGAGGAAUAGAGAGAAGUCUCUUGCGAAAUUCACCGCUCGAUAAAGAGAGAUGUACGAGCGAGAAAUAGAGUCUCGUCCGAUAGCAACCUUUCUCAACAUCCUCGACGGGGCAUUGGUUCUUGGUAACUUCUUACUCUAGAAAGAGUAGAGCCGAGGUGCGCGAAGAAGGACAUACAAUAUCGAGGAGGGCCUCGAGUAGCCUUUCCUGCAGCGUACUCCGGAUAGCCAGUAAAGAAAGUCGAUGAUCAGUCCCACCGGGCGGCAUUUGCCGCAGUUUUAUCAAUCGUGUAAUGUAAUUAACUCUUUUAGCACCUGCCGUUAUACAACAUGCGCUCAUCUUCAACGAUUUAUUAAAGAAUGCAGAGCUUCGCUUACCACGAAACUAAACAGAAAAUUUCUCAGAAUUUUUA